AUGGCGAUCUGUACUUAUAACGCACGUACGCUUGCAUCGGAAGCGGCCAUCGAAGAUCUGAUGAUGCAAGCCAAGAAGAUCAAGUACGACGUCAUCGGACUGACCGAGACGAGACGACGUCACCCUCUCAACGCCGUGUAUGAAACUGGAGAAGAACUGUUCUUAGGAACAUGCGACAGUAGAGGUGUUGGUGGAGUUGGCGUCCUCGUCAACACGAGUAUGGCAAAGAACAUCGACUCUUUUGAACAACUUACGACCCGAAUCGGACGUCUGCGGAUGAGAAGAUGUGGCCCAAUACCAGCUUUGACUAUCUUCGUCGUUUACGCUCCAACAUCAAGCUACGAAGAAGAAGAAGUCGAAGCUUUCUAUAUGGACCUGGAGAAGUUCUACCAAGAAGAUCAUGCCUUCUACAAGGUCAUAGUUGGCGAUUUCAACGCUAAGGUUGGCCCAAGAAGAACGCCGGAGGAACUUCACAUCGGGACCCACGGCCUACAAUGGAAUGACCAGGGAGAGAGGCUCUCCGAGUUCAUCAUGACGACUAAGACCAUCCAUGGGAACUCGCAAUUUCAGAAGCCCUCUUCUUUACGCUGGACGUGGGAGUCACCCGGUGGAGGGUACCGUAGUGAAAUAGACCACAUCAUCGUCAAUAAAAGGUUCUGCCUGACGGACUUCGGUGUUGUACCAAAGUUCUACACGGGAUCGGACCAUCGCCUCCUCCGAGGAAGAUUUUCCUUCACAAGGAGAGCAGAGAAAGCCGCCAAGUUCAGAGAGAGAAAUCCCAGGACUACCAUCAACUGGGAUCUCUUCGCUACGCUAGCCGGCUUUUGGGAAGAUUCCGCAAUGGACAACAUCGACGAGGAAUAUGACCGGCUUGUCGAACACCUUCACGACUGCGUGAAGAAGGCUGAGAGUUUUAAAACCACCAAGAGGCGCCUGUCUCUUGAAACUCUUGAGCUGAUACGCCAGCGUGGAGCAGCACGAGCCGCAGGGAACCAAGAACUCACGUCCGAGCUCGCAAGGCUUUGCCGAGAGGCGAUAAAGGAAGACCUUAAAGAGAGAAGAGCAGAAGUGCUGGCUGGCUGA